UUUUGCUCCAGUUCAAUAUUUCAUAUUUAUUUGUUUUCCGUUUCUGUUUCUGUUGCUGUUGUUGUUGGUAUCGCUGUCGCGUUGCUUUUCCCCAGCGAGAGCGAGCGAGAGGUGCUCCUUCGCAUUCGCACCUGUGCAGGUGAGAUAUCGCCGGCGAUCGACGGUACUUCGUGGGGCCCGCCGCCGGGAGCUGGCGUUUUAAACUUCACCGUCAAAUCCGACGUUUCAGUUACGUUCCGAAACGCGACAGGUGCAUAUAGUGCCUCCCGAUCCGUUCUCGUCCAGGAGUGGAUUGAAGUGGUGCGAACAGUGCGUGGUGCCUACGUGUAACUCCUUCGUGGAACCACCAGAUCCCCGGGCAGCGAAUUACUUGGGCCAAGGGGAUGCAAACUGUGAUCGCAGCUAGAAGUUUGUUCGUUUGGCUUAAGUUAUUUUCAUGUCCGAUUUAAGCGCCACGUGGUGGGAUCGGAUUGUCCACACAUAGUAUAUAGGAGAAGUGUUCUGGUCAGGAAGUGCUUCUGGCCUGUAACUAACGCGGUUAUAAUUGGAUAUGUCGGGUGUGCUAACGAGUUGGGAUCGGGCUUGCUACGCGCCCGGAGAUCCUAAGUGUGUACGUCAUCAGGUGAGGAUCGGCGGUAAAUCUGGACACCUGAACAACAGCGCUUCUCCGAAGGCCCAUUAAUCGGAAACGGCACAACUGUUGCCCUAAUCGGGGUUGAUAAUUAAACUGGUACUGAUACCAGGAGCUGCGUUGCUCCGCCCCCAAAAAUCAGACGCCCCGAAGAGGUUUAAGCCGGUUGAUUGCCGAUCGCCGCCACCGUAAAAUCUGAUUUCUGUAGACGUGUCGUCGCUCGCCCCAAACCGAUUCGAUAUGGCUGGGGAAAACGACUUGGGCACGAGAUAAGAAGCCUGAAGGGGCACACAGAGAGAAAAACGGCAUGCUGAAUUAGAUUGUAGUUAUCCACCAGGCAGUUCGAAGUAGCUGGGAAUGAAAAUGAUCUCGGCAGGAUUCGAAAGAUGAGCAUAUGAAAACCUUUUUGAAAUUAUUAGCACAUCCAAAGGAUAUAUUUCAAACCUGACCUGCGAAUAUCGACGUUUUUUUCUGUGCAGAAGGGGCACUUAGUUUGGGGGCACUACGUGGCAUGGAACCCUCUCUAUAAGGCGGAAAGGUAACCGUUACCGAAACUGAUAAUUGUGCAACGUACACAAACCUUGCUCGUAGUGCUCCACUUGCUUUCGGGUUAUCAGUUGGAGUGACAAGCGGAAAUUAAAGUUGAAAUCGACACGAUUACUUCAUUAGUUCUGUUUGGAAAGCGCCGAGCAAGAGGGUGCGUUCCGGGGGCGGGGGUCAGAGGUCAGGCAGGAGUUGACAAGGUCACCAGGGAUGUUUAUACGAGGCUGUCGAACGCGACUGAUAGAUUGGAUUGUCGGUGGCCAUAACUAACCAAUUAGCGAUUUGCCAUUCGUAGCAGGCAAAGACAGGCACAAUCUUUGGCAGUUGGAUCUGGUGGGUGGCUCAGGGAGUUUUCUGUGGGUGGUGGGUGGUGGGUGGUUUGUGCUCAGGCACCAAGGUGAAACGCAAUCAAAAAUAAGUGAGCCGAGCCGAGCCAAGUCAAGUCGAGUUAGGCUGAAGAAUUGGACCCAAUUCGAUCAGGUGCAAGCGACAGAAACAGCGAAGGAGACAUAGACAAACAGACGAACAGAGGCCACGUAUUUGCCGGGGAGUAUAGUGGAAACCCUCGAGGAUGGACAGCAGCGCUGUUAUCUGCAUGAACACUAAUCUAGAAUCCGAACAGUAUGAACAAAGUGGGCGUCUGAACGAAGUAUCUUUGUAUUUGGAGGGCUAUAGAUAGUAUAGCUUUUGGGGGUUCCUUUUUUCCCAUGAUAUGCAAUGUGAUCCGCCACAGGGAGCCUUCACUGUACUAGGAUGAGUGGAACCCUGAGGAGAUGUCAUUGGCUUGGACGUGGACGAAAGCGAAAGGUGUAGACGCAGACAGAGACGGAGACAGAACUUCAGCGAAUAUGCCAAGGUACGUCAAAAGAAAUGAAUUACCCGGACUGGAAUCCGGACGGGGGACCAGGAGGAGGUUGGCAAAGUGCUCCAGGCCGAGGCCUGGCCCAACCCCCAAGUCGCACUUUACUGCAAAUGCAAAAACUUUAGACAGGGAAUCAAUUGUUGUUGCCUUGUUUUAUUUUGCCCAAGACACGCAACAACAAUGGGAGCGUCAAGCAAGAGGCUAAGAUGGAGAACACUUCGAGAAGAAGGGUUGAAUCGCUCUUUAUUGAACGCUUAGUGGAACAAAAGUCUUCUACAGGCCAUCGAAGCCAUCCCAAAUCCUGUGGCGCUGGAUAUUUUAUGGGUGGUUACAGAAGUUAUUCGUGUAAUAAAUGUUAUAACUGGGAAUAUAGAUAGUGGCUCGGGUUAUGUUUGUAAGAACGUUAUCACGGAUACAUUUUAUUAUGCUCACUGCUUUAUCAGAAAUAAGUAGCAGUGCUUGUAAGUUGUGAUUGAUAAACUGCUCAGCAGAGUUUUCUUACUGGAUUUUUCGAGCAGUGCAGCAGGUAACUAGCAACAAAUGGGCAGUCGGCAGUCGGGGGCGUGACAGCAACCGUGAAAAGAACUCGAGGAUGACAGUUAUGGGUUACAAAGGCAAGGAUUGAAUCAAAUAAAUAAACGCGCAAGGUUCUCGUCAUGGAGCACGGCUCAGUGGGUCGGAUAUUCGGGGGUUGCCCGGGGAUUUAUAUGGGAUUCGAUUGAACGGGUUGAGCUCCGGCCGGGGAUGGGGAUGGGGGUAACCUUACCACGUCCACGUCCAUGUCAAGUUUGCAUGCGGCUGCAGGUAAUUCCUCAUUUCACCCGCCUUUACAUAAUCACAACAAAUGAGCGAGGAAAGGCGACGGAUGGCGAAUCUAUUAGCAUAAAGGCGCAUAAAACGGCGCCGCAGCCCUGGAUCCGGCUGGGCUCGGAUUCCAAUACGGACACGGACACGGACUCGUCGAGUCAGUUGCAGUGGAGCCGUGGAGCCGCGAUGAACGUGUUUAAGGCAAAGGUCCUAACGGAGGUCCCUUUCGGGCACGUCCUCAUCGUCAGUGGACGCGUCAAGCCUCACCCGAAUAAGAUAUCGCUGGACCUCACGGACAAUGUGAACGCGCAGAACGAGAGCGAAACGGUGUUCCUGAAGAUCGAGGCCAACUUCCGCGAGGGCCAGAUCAUCCGGAGCAUGUUCCAGCCGGGCGAGGGCUGGCAGCAGGAAGAGAUCUCGAAGAACUGGAAGUGCGACGGCCCGAAGAACCCGCUCCAGCCCGGCCAGAGCUUCACCUUCCGAGUGGCGGUGCUCCAGCGCUGCUUCGAGAUCUACGUGAACGACCAGUUGUACGGAUCCUUCGAGUUCGUCAAGUUCCCCAAGCAGAUCAACUUCGUGCGGACCUACGGGGACUUCGAGAGGAUCACCCAGUUCCACCACCGCAUGCUCUUUCCGCUCGUCUUUCCGAGAUGCCUCAUGUGCCCCGAGAAGGUGGCCUUCCAGAGCGACGUGCCCAGGCGCUACGAGACUGGCACCGUGGUGGCCAUGGAGUGCAUCGCCAAGGGGCCGCCCACCACGGAGUUCUCCAUCUGCUUCCAGUGCAACGACACUGGGAGGACUGUGCUCCGGUUCCAUGUGAACUUCGAUCGGACAACGGUUUCACGAACCUACCAGCGCGAGGACAACAGCUUUGCUCUCAGCGACGAGGAAACAGAAGGUGAGUUCCCGUUUGUGCGGGGAAAGCUCUUCAAGAUCGCCUUUGGACUCGGGGACCGUGCUUUCCUGAUCGCCGUUAACGGCCAGUACUUCACCUACUACAACUUCCCCGGACGCCCCUUCUCCAUUUCCACGCUGAAGUGCUUCACCAACGAGGUGGGCGACUUCGACGUGAGGAGCCUGGAAUUCCACUCCGACUCGCCACUUUUGGCCCGCGUGGAGAAACUGUCCAUCAUCUAGGCGGAAGGACGCCGGUUUGAAUUUCCGUAGAAUGCUCUUUGUUCAAUCGUUGGCUUUGAUCACCGUACAGCACCAGUUAACUUCUUUUUGUG